CGAUUUCUUUCUUUUCUACACACGCUACGUUUAGCACACGUGUAUUUUAGUGGUUUUGCUCUAUAACUAACUAAAAAUGGAUAAAUCCAACGUUCUCGCUCGCGUUGUCAAGGUUUUGGGCCGCACUGGCUCACAAGGCCAAUGUACACAGGUCAAAGUUGAGUUCAUCGGAGAGACCACCCGCCAGAUCAUCAGAAACGUGAAGGGACCAGUCCGCGAUGGUGACAUUCUGACCCUCCUUGAGUCUGAACGUGAAGCUAGGAGAUUAAGAUAAAUUAACGAUGUGGCAGUCGAGGCUAGGUUAAGGCACAAUAUAAUAACCUCACUUUAAACCUUCUAUGUAUCUGUAAGAAACCGUCAAAGAUGACCAUCUCUAAAAACAGCUCGUAAUAAAUGACUUAACUAUA